AGGAGAACUGUCAUUUCUUGUUGAUGUAACUAAGCAAUGAAGAUAUUGUUUUGAGGUGGAAGAGACACCAGAUUAAAAAUGGUCAGAGUGAUCCAAGUUCAUCACUUUGCUGGCCAGUCAAUACAGACUUGUGAAGAUCCAGUGGCCGUUACCACAGCUCCUCCAGAUCGAUUGCUUGUGGCACUAUCCCAUCAUGUUAUUGAAGUAAGAGAUUUGAACUGCAAAGCGGACAGAACUAAUUCAUCGGAAAUUCUCUUUUCUUUUCCCACUGUAGAUCAAGUAUGUUACAUGCUCCACUGUGUUACAGGAAAUUAUGUCGCUACAUUAGAGACUAAGCUGAGCAGGCAAGGUCGGGAAACUGUUUAUACAAGAGUGUACGCUAACUGGGACCGAGGUGGGGAGGAGGGGGGAGAUCAGCCAAUGAGAGCUCGGAUAGCCGGCCGAGUCACUCCCAGCAGCAGUCAGACAGGUGGAGAUGCGUUGGAGAUGAUAGAGCUGCCAGUUAAGUUCAACAACACUUCAACCAUCGCCUGCUGUCAGGCCACUGGGAACCUGCUGGUGAGCAGCCAGACGUCGCUGUGCCUGUUCCAACUUGUAUCCCGAACCCACGACAUCUCUCGCCUCCGGUUCCUCGACUUUGAACUGUGGCCGGUCACUCUGGAGCUCAGUUUUUCCCCGGCGUACCUCGCAAUAGUCGAGGACGUGGUGGCCGCCAUGGACUCUGAGUCAUUACAUGUCUUCAGGAUCAAUAAAGGUGUAACAAGGGCUAGUGAUUGGAGUGACAGAUCAAGCAAUAAUUCCGGUUCUCCUUCAAUCACACGCAAUUCUGCAAGAAAGACAGCCGCCAAGAAGACAGAGGCGGAUGAAGGGCCAAUUGAUCUAGAUGCGUUGACCAAAGACACAACGUCUCCCAACUACAUCCUCUACCCCCUGAUAGAGGCUAGUCGUAGCGAUAGUCACCUUACACCCUUCAAGUCUACACACUCCGGUCUCAUGGGCGUGGCCGUGAAGGAAAUGCCUACGAAUGAGCCAUGGGCAGAACAGAUGACAACGAUGGUAGAAAGCUUACUACAACUUCACGUGUCCAGAGAACAGCUUCACUGUCUUAAUCUGCGUCCCUUGUACUAUACAUCCACCUCCGCUACUGUCACUCACUCAGAAUGUCCAAGGCUACGAUCGUCAAGCUAUUCUCGCCUGGCAGCCAUAAAUGUUGUGGUAGCAACUCAUCAGGAAGCUUACGUAUAUAGCUUCCCUGUUGAAAAUGGAGAAACGGUAAAUCCUGGCUACCUGAUCUCCGUGUUCAGUUUUACUAGCCCAGUGAUGCACAUAGUCCUAGAACCCUACGUGCUGCACGCACUCACACAGACUACACUGGAGUCUUACACCUUGCGCACAACACACGCAAUCUAUAAGAAGUUGGGUGAGGUCAGUAUCGAAGACCCGGUGUGUCUUGUUGGCCUUCGACCAUUCAUCGGACCAGUAGACCUGCUACUGAGUGACAGUCAUGUUGUGAUACUGGCCUCGUGUGAGGGACAGACAGCGUGGACUGUGUACUCACUGCGGCUGCCACCUGCGGAGACAUUGGUAGCGGACAUGACAGCUCUUGCCACUAGUCAUCAGUACAGUGUCUCUGGGACUUACAGACAUCUGUUGAGUGAAGCUCACGCAAUUCUUUACACUGAUCAGUUCCUCUCCACGUCAGUAUUGGCUGUCCGCAAACCGUUGUCUGCUUCCUACAAGACAUCCUGUCAACGGCUGGCUGACCACUACCUCAUGAGUCCCCAUGAUGCUGACUGGGAGCUAGGCACAGCCCUGAGUGUGGAGGCUGAAGAUAACCCUGCCACCCUGCUAGCAAGGCUGCAAGCCACCCAGGUGGAGGCUAAACAGAAGGGAGUGGAGGUGGACAUAGGCCCAGGGCUGGCUCACUACCUGAGGCACUGCUUAGCCUCGGCCAAGGGUGGCGUGUGGGUCCCCCCCUCCACCUUGGACACUCUACCUCCUCAUCUAUUGGCUGACCUGCUGCUACAAGCACCCUCCCUGCGCGAGGCUACAACUCAGAGGGUCAUCGACAGUCUUAGCAACCAGUUUAAGAUCAGUAACUCCCCCACUGAGUGUUUAGCCCUUGUUACACUCCAAGUUGAGAGAGGUCUCCCAGAAGAUGCCAAAAAUCUGCUCAACAACUUUAAAAACGAUGUACAGUUGACAGAAGCUCUUUUACAAAACUGGAACCUGCUAUUGGAUAGUAUGCGGCAGGGUUCGUCUGAAAAGAAUUCCAUGUAUACUUUUUCCGAUGUUGGGGUGGUAUUAAUGGAAUCCAAACCUCAAAUCCUUGCUUCUAUCCUGGCUUCAUUAGUCACUGAAAAACAGGCAAUGGAUCUCCAGCAUGUUUUACAGAUUUUCCUAUCAUACCUACCUUCUAGAGUAGGAGUGGCUGGAACAGCUGCUAGUGGAGUCUUACAAGGGUUCCUAGAACAGGUUCUGGUCAAUACAGAGAAGCUGGAUGUGACUUAUCCACCUACACGAGAAGCAUUACAGAUAUUGAUGCGCUCCUACUUAAGCGAUCUCAGAGUGAACAAUAAAGGAAACGGCAGCAACCCUUUCCCUGGGAAGAGACCUCAUUUUGUACACCAGCUGCCUCCGUUCUCAACACCUGAGCACCCGAGUCUUAUCAAGCUAGAGUGGCUGAUCUGCAGUGGAUGGCUCAGCACAGAAUGUCUAACUGAGCUGACUCAGUAUGUCAAGGAGGUGCUGCCAUCCUGCCUGAGUCUGCUGGUGUUGGCUCAGCCAUCAGAAGGUCUUCCUCUGCUCAUACAGAAGUGUCCUCAGGCCAUCCCUCAGUAUACAAAGGAUCGUUUGAAAAAUGAAGCAGAAUUAAAGGAAAUGAUUUCUUUGUUAGAGCAGAAGGUAGAGGAAGAUUCAUCAGGAAGUUACGAGCCAAUACUCAAAGAAGUGCUGGAGUACUUGAGCAACAAUGUAGCGCCCGAUGUAUUAUGCAGGGUGUUACCUGGUGGAAGCCUAGGAAGACAGAAGUACAAGAGCCACCUAGCGACGUGUCAGAAAAUAGCUCAUGCCAAUCACAUACGCUCUGUCAUCAUCGCUACGGCACGACAACUCAUCGCUUCCUUAAAUCUCUAAUUACUCAUGCGUAAUUUAAAAAUAGUAUACAUAUUUGUAUGCUUGAAUACAACAACAAGGAACUGGCAGCGUAGCUGAGUGGUUUAUAGUGCUCGCCUAACAAUCGAAAGGCCACUGGUUCGAUCCUGAGAAAAGUGAGUAGCUUUUUGAUGGUUUGAAACUGGACCCAGCUGUUCCUGAUUAUUGGGCAUUAAAUAAAUGAUCUUGGCUACUGAUACAGCUGAACUUAGUCAGUAACAAGGCUUAUCUCACUCCAUUCUACACUCAUCCUUCACUCAUAUUUGGUUUGAAAAUAAAAUAUGCAUGUAGGAGGUGUACCCAUCUCAAUUAAUUGAUAAUGAUAGCAAUUGAGUCUAGUUACCUGGGAGAAGUUAGGUUUAUAGACAUUUAGAUAUUGGUAUCAUUUAGUUGCCUAUUUUUCUGCGUUUAAUGUUUUAAAUUUUUGAAUUUGUUUUCUGAAGUUACCUAACUAUUAAUAAAGCAGCUAUUUUGGCACUAAAAUGUAGAAAAGCUUAUUCAUGUACUACUUUAUUUUCUUAUAUUCCAUAUUUUAGUACAAAAUACAAAAUUGUAAGCUUGUAAAAAAAACAGACAAGGAUGAGUUUGCCUGAAAAGAAGUUGGCAACACUAUCACUAUCUAUAAAUACUCCCUAGAUCUGUGGGUGUAGUGUUGAAAAAAUUAGUCACAUAUACCAUCUAAAAUGUUUGUACUACAUAUUAUUUAAGUUUUGGAUGUAAUGCUAUUACAAAAAAUAUUUGUAGGUAAAUAUUUAAAUGCAAAAGUUAAUUUAAACUAGAAUAUUUACUAUAUUUUCCCCGGGACCAUUUUGUAGCUUGGCCAAUUUAGUGUUGAUUGCACUUUUCACCAAUAUUGUUAUAUUUUGUGAUAUUUUGAAAGUUGAUGCCUUAAAUAGUUGUUUAUGUAUUUCACGUGUUUUGAAUUUAUAAGUGUUUGGAUUAAAAUCAUGUAUUUAUUACUCAAGUAAAAUUUACUACUCACCAUAACACUGCUAAAUGUGAACACAGUUUGAUUGCACAAAAUGCCAUUGUUGUAAAUGUGUCGGCAUUGACUAUUUGUUAGCUAUUAUGUCAGGUGACAUAGAAGGUAAAAGAAGCCAAAUAAAAUAAUAAAAACAUCAAUUGUUGUAGUUUGGUUGUUUUUCGACAUAUUUCAAUAUUUUCAAUCAAAUGUGGCAAAGUGAUUUAUUUCAUACUAAGCUAUUAAAAUUUCAUAAAAAUAACUUUAUUACCUUCCCUGUAACAACAAACCAAAGUACUUGUUAAACCUAAUGUUAUUUCAAUAAAAAAUGAAUCUAACAUGUCAAUAAAUCAUUUCCUAAAAAAGACUAAAUAUUUUAGUAAAAUAAAAAUCCAAUAAGGUAAAUAGAAAAUUUGCUUUAUUAUCCAGGUUUGCUGCAGCGGGAGUAUUUUAAGGAGUAUAACUAAACUGGGUUACCUUACCUGGAUUUUAAUAGACAUUUCUCAUCAAUUUACUC